ACCAAUUCACCCUUUUUUUAAAAAUAAAACUAAAUAAAAAGCACGGCCUACUCCAGUUCUCCCGACGGUGACCUUUUCGGCGGGUCUAGUUCAUCACUUCUUCUGUAAAACCAGCAAUUUGGCGCGCCCUUAAAUCCGAAAUCCGCUUUUUGCUGUAGGUGGACAGCAGAGAAACACGAGCGAUGAAACCGCACUCGGCUUGGAGUUACGCAAAGACUCCCGUCAAAUUCAAGAUUCCGACGGCUGACAAUCUGGUUCCUAUCCGUCUCGACAUUGAAAUCGACGGCCAGCGGCUCAGAGACGCUUUUAUUUGGAACCCUUCGGAUCCUGACACAGAGGUGGCGUUAUUUGCAAAAAGAACUGUAAAAGACCUGAAACUCCCCCCAGCUUUCGUCACACAGAUUGCUCAGUCCAUUCAAUCACAACUGGCAGAGUUUCGAUCAUAUGAGGGGCAGGAUAUGUUCACUGGAGAAAAAUUUGUUCCUAUAAAGCUUGAUCUUCGAGUUAAUCAUACCUUGGUAAAGGACCAGUUCCUGUGGGUAAGCGUCCAAAAUUGGAGGACUUGAAUAAUUUUGAGAGUGACCCAGAAGAAUUUGCAAGGAAUCUUUGCAAAGAUAUGGGAAUUGAAGACCCAGAAGUUGGACCUGCUAUUGCCAUUUCUAUCAGAGAACAGUUGUAUGAAAUUGCUGUACAAAGUGUUGCAUCAACAAGGGAAAUCAAAAUGCAUAAGAAGGGUCGCAGAGGAUUUGAACAUUUACCUGCAAGUAAGACAGCUGGAGCUGGAGUGGACGUGGUGAAGUUAUUUGGCAAUAAAAACAGUGUUGUCCGCAAAAGGAGGGAUUGGGAUGUGUAUGAACCUGUUAUUGAUCUCCUGUCAAAUGAGGAAUUGGAUGCCCUUGAGACCAGAGAAGAACGGAUUCCUCGCUAAUCUGGGAAAGAAAAUAAAAAUGAAAAUCAUGAAAAAUCAAAUUGAGGAUUCCUGCGCAUCAUAUCACACCCUAACGACUCUUCUCACUUCUCGUUAGAAACGAGUUGUAGUGUUGUUCAUGUUGUCAUAUUUUAAUUAUUACUCAUUUAUAUACUUCGUAUUAGGCAAUCUUGCCUUUUCUCACAUCAUCUAUAUUCGAUAUAUAUUCUUUAAAUUCAAUUUAACUUAUCAACCAUAUUUGGAUUGGUCUGAAAGUCAAAUUCAGGUUCGGUAA